AGGGCAGAGAUAUGUAAACAAGAAAGCUGAGAUGGAUGGGCACUUGAGCCCUCCAGUCAGCCCUCACAGCCUUUCAUGUUUCUGCAUCAAUUAACUCAAGCCGUCCAAUCAGAGGAGAAAGGUGUGGGCCAGGGGUGGGAGGAGACAAGCCCACUUUCCCCAAAGUGAACAAGGCAGCGUCCGUAGUUUCAGGUAGAAGCAACAGGUAGCAGAUUAAAGAUGGCUGGUACAGCAAGGCAUGACCGGGAGAUGGCAAUCCAGGCGAAGAGAAACCUUUCCAAGACCACAGAUCCAAUUGAGAGGCUUCGGCUUCAGUGUUUAGCAAGGGGGUCUGCGGGCAUCAAAGGCCUUGGCAGGGUCUUUCGCAUCAUGGAUGAUGACAACAGCAGAACUAUCGAUUUCAAAGAGUUUCUCAAAGGUCUCAAUGAUUAUGCUGUGUUGAUUGAGAAAGAAGAAGCUGAAAGGGUUUUCAAGAUCUUUGAUAAAGAUGGGAGUGGAACCAUUGAUUUUGAUGAAUUUCUCCUAACAUUAAGACCACCUAUGUCUAAUGCAAGAAAAGAAGUAAUUUUGCAAGCCUUUCGAAAGCUAGACAAGACUGGGGAUGGCAUUAUCACCAUUGAGGACCUACAGGGAGUCUACAAUGUCAAACAUCACCCCAAGUACCAGAAUGGAGAAUGGACGGAAGAUCAAGUGUUCAGAACUUUUCUAGAUAACUUUGAUUCUCCUUAUGACAAAGAUGGACAGGUCACAACAGAUGAAUUCAUGAACUAUUAUGCAGGCGUCAGCGCUUCCAUCGACACCGAUGUCUAUUUCAUUGUGAUGAUGAAAAACGCUUGGAAAAUCUGAUUAUAUGGAUUUCAUAAAACAAGACUCCCCCCCC